AUGUUUGUCAAUACCAUUAGAUUGACAUCGCAAAGACUUUUGGCGAGGCAAUCAACUGUCGCUGCCGCCGCAUUGCGUGCCACCACCACAACACUACCCUUAAGAUCAUAUUCUCAACCUGCAUCCCUUCAAAACCCCACUAAGUUGACAUGGUCUGAUUUUUUCAAGUUAAGAAAACUACAACAUAGAAUAAAUGUCGGCUCUUCGCUAUUUUCCAUGCUCUUAGGGUGUAACAUCUCAUGGGCUUACCUCUCAACGAUGGAAAUAGACCCAACUCAAUUGCUUUUGGGAUUCGACCCAUUUACUGUAAUCUCUGCCGGGAUAAUCGCCUCUGGUACUCUCGGUUACCUAUUGGGCCCCACAGUUGGUUCGCAAGUGUUUAAACUCUCCCAUGGCAAACAGUUGGUACAGUUUAACGACAAAAAUAAAGAGUUCCUGAAGCAUAUUAUUCAUAACAGGGUCGAUGCCUCUUCCCAAAGUUUCAGUAACCCUGUCCCAGACUAUUACGGUGAGAAGAUUGGCUCUUUAAAGGAGUACAAACAAUGGUUAAGGGACUGUCAUGCCUACGCCAAAAAAGCUAACGAAUUCUUGUAA